AUGCCAUGUCCACCACCCAUUAUGCCACAAAUGCCAUGUCUUCCUCAGAUGAUGCCACAAAUGCCAUGUCCACCACCCAUUAUGCCACAAAUGCCAUGUCCGCCACCCAUUAUGCCGCAAAUGCCGUGUCUUCCUCAGAUGCCGAUGAUACAACAACAAGUACCUUGUAUGCCUCAGCAAAGUUUCAUGCCUCAACAGAUUCCUUGUAUGCCACCUCAAUUUCCAAUGCAACAAUCGUUUCAAAACCCUUGCUUGUCAUCAAUGUAUCCAUCAUCUCAAAUGGGUGGAUCAUUUGCCGGCUAUGGAUCUCAAAUGAUGUUACCACAAAUGGGAAUGGGGGUAAACAAUUAUCUUGGAUAUGGUGGUAUUAAUCCGUCUGGAUUCGCUGGUUAUUCAGGUAGUAAUAUGAUGGGCGGUUUCCCUUCGAGUGGACGUGUUCUGGUUGUGUGUUGUGCUUUUCCCCAGCCAUAA